UGCACAUAAUAUCAGUAUUAUUCGAUCAUUCUAUUCGACAGCCGAUGAAAGCAUCUUUCAAUAUGAAAAUCUUACUUCUAUUCUGCCUGGUAUCGACCGGUGCUCUGGUACUUGCUAAACCACUCGGAACUUUUGAUGUGGUCCAACCAACCGGUUAUUCAGAUACCGUUGGCGAUGUAGUAGCUUCAGGUUCCGAUUUGAGUAAACCAGCAGAAGUGGACGUGGAAGUUGAUGGAGCACACGAGGAUGCGCAAAGUGACGAGGAAGAUCAAGUCCCAGAGGAUGAAGAUUCCAAUCAAAAUGAAGAUGCAGAUGACAUGGAUAUCGAUGCCGAUGAAGCUUCGGAGGAUUCUGAUGAAGAUAGCAUCGAGGAUUCGGAAAACGAACUCGAAGAUUACCUUCCACGGGAUGCACAAUUACCACAAAAUUCGGAGGAAUUGCAUGAUCAACAUCCUGAGGAAGAACAUUCAGACAAUGAGAGCGAACAAAAUCAUGAUGUUCGACAAUACGGAGAAGACCAACCAUCACCGUCAUAUUACAGCAAGGAAGAACGUGAUCAGUACAGAGAUGAUUCGCAACAGCAUCAUGGAGAUAAUGGAGAAAUCGAAGACCACGACGAACUUGAACAACGUCCUCCACAAAAUCCAGGACAAGAACACCAUGGAGAACGUCCUCCUCAGGAAUCACAAAACCAUCAACAAAAUCAUCAUGGACAACGUCCUCCUCGGGAUUCACAGAAUCCCGGACAAGAUCAUCAUGCACAAGGACCUUCUCAGGAGGCACAAAACGCAGGACAUCGUCCUCUUCAAGAAUCACAAAACCCAGGACAAGAUCAUCAUGGACAACGCCCUCCUAUGGAACCCCAGAACCCAGGACAAGUUCAUCAUGGGCAAGGACCAUCUCAUGAAUCACAGAACGCAGGACAAGUUCAUCAUGGACAAGGUCCUUCUCACGAAUCACAUAACUCAUUACCAUAUCAUAAUGGACAACGUCCUCACCAAGGCUCACAAAACCCAGAACAAGGACACCAUGGGCAACGUCCUCCUCAUGAAUCACAAAACUCAGGACAUGAUCAACAUGGUCAACGUCAUCCUCAGGAACAACACAAUCCCGGACAAGAUAAUGAACAAGAACAUGGAGCUCCACAAGAAGCUGGAUCAGAUCUACGAGUUGUCAACAUCAGUAUCAAUGUCAGGCAAUGAAAUCUGGUAAUGGAAGAAAAUCAGUUUGAAUUGUCUGUUUCCGGUCAUGAAUGAAUAAAAUAAUGCGAACCAAAUGAAA